AUGAAUUUACAUUGUAUUCAAAAGUUUGAUUAUAAUAAAGUUAUUCGUCAAAAUACUAAUCAACGAAAUAGAUUUGAAAUAGCAUUUUUUAUAGCAAAAACUGCUGUUAAUAUUGCAUUAGAAACCAAUAGUAAUUGUGAAUUAAUUCAAUUAUUAAAAGAUUUUAUUGAAGCAAAGCGAGAACAAAAUGUAAAUAAUAAUGAUAAUGUUAAUCAUGAUAUAGUAGAAAUUAAUGAGUCUAAUCAAGAAAAUAAUAAUAUAGUUUUAUUACAAAAAAAUUUAAUUGAACAAAUUACCAGUCCUCAUAUGAUUAAAGUUAGAGGGGCUUCAUCAAAAAAAUAUUAA